AUGAACUUUGAGGUCUGGGUAGAUGAUCUGCAGCUUUUCCUGCAGUGCGAUAGGGCAGACGGUCUCUCCCUGUUUGACCUCAUUUUUGGUGCCUCCCCUGCCCCUGCUGCUGAUGUUGACGCCACUGUUUGCUCACAGUGGGCCGCACGUGACGCUGCUGCUUGCCUUGCUUCACCCGUCUCCCUGACUCUCUCUGUUUACCCCACCACUCUCACCGUUGACCUCCUCGAGAAGGCCCUCCUAGCGAUAGAGAAGAGCAUAGUCGCUGUAGGAGCCUCUCGUGAUGACCCUCGCACCCCCGUCUUUGAGGGGUGUUCUCCCUCCCCCCUCUUGCCCUCUGUUGCCUCUGCUGCUGCGGCCGACCUCGUUGGUUUCGAGUCGGUCGGCGCUGCGUCUACCCCGAGCGGGAGACGCCGCACCGGCAAGGGCAAGGGGGGCAAGGGCACUGGAGGAGGUGGAGGGGGCGGUGGAGGUGGUGGUGGAGGCGGUGGAGGGAGUGGGGGUGGUGGUGGGAGUGGUGCUGGGGGUGGCGGCGGCGGCAGCAGCAGUGGAGGCGGCGGAGGCGGUGGAGGUGGCGGAGGGAGCGGAGGCUGCGGAGGUAGUGGAGGAGGCGCAGGUGGAGGAGGCGGCGGAGGAGGCGGCGGCGGCGGAGGCGGCGGUGGUGGAGCGAGUCGCGACUCUGCGUCAAGGAGUGGCGCCGGUGGUGGUCUGCGCCAGCAGCAGCAGCGGAGUGGUGUGACCCUGUCCCCUCAGUUGCUUUGUGAGUGGUACACUGCACGCCAGCGCGGUGGGGGUUUUGGUCCCUGCUCUUACGUUCUCCGUAACGGCGACCGCACUGGUGAGCAGUGCGGGGGUCCGCACUCCACCCAGCGCUGCUUUGGUCGCCUGACGGACGCGUGGCGUCGCCAGUUCCCUGAGGCGUCAGAUAUCCCUCGUUGGGGAGAUCUGGCUAAGGCCGGGGUUGCCAUCUUUGAUAUUGACUUUGAUGCUAUUCUUGCUGCCAUGUAUGCUGUUGCUGAUAGUGUUGAGGGUGCCUCUUACCUGUGUGUACCGCCUAACCCGGGCAUUGAGGCUGCUGCGCUAGGUGCUGGUGAGACUGCUGCUCUAGGUGCUAGUGCGUCUGCUGCCCCAGGUGCCAGUGCGUCUGCCGCCCCAGGUGAUGGUGAGUCUGCUCUCUCAAGUACCACGUCGGCUCAGGCCUUCCACACCUUCACCUUGGACUCAGCCCCCUCUGGCACCCUGUGUGGUCUCUACCUCCCCUCGUUCUCUACGAACUUGGUGAGUGGAGCGGACCUACAGGAUCGAGGGGUUGACCAGUUCACUCCUGCGAGGCAACAGCGCGCCGCCCCUCACUUCUCCGAGUCUCCUCCGACAGAGGCUCCGCUGCAGACUCUACACAUGGACGUGUGGGGCCCAGCCCGCGUAAGUGGGCAGGGGAGAGAGCGGUACUUUCUGCUGGUCGUUGACAACUACUCGCGUUACACCACAGUCUUCCCCUUGCGCAGCAAGGGUGACGUCACAGAGGUGUUGAUCGACUGGAUCCGCGCAGCUCGUCUCCAGCUCAGAGAGAGUUUCGGCUCGGACUUUCCUCUUUUGCGUCUACACUCGGACAGAGGAGGGGAGUUUUCCUCUGCCCGUCUGGGAGCCUUCUGUCAAGCACAGGGCAUCCACCAGACCUUCACGCUUCCGGCCUCUCCACAGCAAAAUGGGAUUGCUGAGCGCCGCAUUGGCAUGGUCAUGGACGUCGCACGUACGUCCAUGAUGCAUGCGGCUGCCCCCCAUUUUCUGUGGCCGUUUGCGAUUCAGUACGCCGCGCAUCAGCUCAACCUUCAGCCCCGGGUCUCCUUGCCAGAGACCUCCCCCGCCUUGCGGUGGACAGGGAAGGUUGGCGAUGCGUCUGCGUUUCGGGUCUGGGGAUCUCGAGCGUUUGUCCGCGACUUGUCUGCGGACAAGCUGUCCCCCCGUGCUGUUCCUUGCGUCUUCCUUGACUUCCCCCGUGACGCGCCUGGCUGGCAGUUUUACCACCCCACCACGCGCCGUGUUCUGUCCUCCCAGGACGUCACCUUUGACGAGUCGGUGCCUUACUACCGUCUCUUCCCCUACCGCACUGCGCCCCUCCCCCCGCCGCCGCUCUUCCUUGCGCCAGGUGCUACUCAGGUAGACCCCCUCCCUCCUCAGGGUCCUGCGCUGUCAGGUGUGUCCCAGGUAGAUGCAGUCGAGCCUGUCAAGGUAGCUGUAGACUCUGGUGCUGCUAGAGGUGCUGAGCGUGCGGGUGCCGGGUCUGUGGGUGCUGGGUCUGGGGGUGCUGAGUCUGGGGGUGUUGAGACUAGAGGUAUUGAGCCUGGGGGUGCUGAGCCUGGGGGUGCUGAGUCUAGGGGUGCGGAGCCUGGGGGUGCUGGUUCUGCUCGUGUGGCCACCGUCGACGUGCUUGCUGAGUUUGGGGGUGUUGGCACUGGUGUUUCUACUGGUGCUGGUGCGUCUGGGGGUGCUGCUGAGGCAGCUGGUGGUGACGGUCCUACUGGAGUUGGUGCUGCUGGAGCUGGAGCUGCUGGGGGUGUUGGCAGUGGUGUUUCUACUUGUGCUGGUGCGUCUGGGGGUGCUACUGAGGCAGCUGGUGCUGACGGUCCUACAGGAGUUGGUGCUGCUGGAGCUGGAGCUGUUGGGGGUGUUGGCACUGGUGUUUCUACUGGUGCUGGUGCGUUUGAGGGUGCUGUUGAGGCAGCUUGUGCUGACGGUCCUACCGGAGUUGGUGUUGCUAGAGCUGGAGCUGCUGGGGGUGUUGGCGCUGGUGGUGCUGCUGGCGUUGGUGCUUCUGAGCGUACUGGAGUUGGAGCUGUUGGAGCUGGAGUCUGA